GUACCCAGCCUUAUCAUGCACCGGCAGUUUGCCUGGCAGAUAGGCUACCCGUUCCCUAUGAGGCAUCUCUGAUAAGCCUACCUAGGUAAUUUCAGACCGCGAGGCUCGGCCAACAGGCAACCGUUCUCAACAAGGCUGUCACCUUCGUCACUUCGAUGUUUUUGACUGUGCAGUACCAUCUCAACAAAGACCACACCCACCACAUCUAUCAUCAUGAACGCCGUCGACACCUCCGAGCAAUUUGACAGACCGUCUCAACAAGAACAAUCGCCCUCACUAUUGACCAUCAUCCUCGACACCAACCCAGCCGCAUGGUCUCUUUUGUCGGGGACCCUCCCCUUCUCCAGCGCCGUCGCCAACCUCCUCGUCUUCAUCAACGCUCACCUCGCCGCCAACUACGCCAACAAAAUCGCCGUCAUCGCCUCCCACUGCGACAAGGCUCAAUGGCUCUAUCCCUCGCCAACCGAGCAGAAACUCCCUCGGUCCCAUCAACGGCAAACCCAGUAUGAGUCCGCAAGUUCAGAAUCAACCCAACGUCUCGGACUCAACGUCAGACUGCCCUCAUCAUCCUCAACCGCAUCAUCAGACGGCAACAAAUAUCGACCCUUCCGCAUCGUCGAGGAAGAGGUCCUCCGCAACCUAACCGCCCUCCUCUCAACCACGACCCCUGAAUCCGUCUCAUCCAGCACAUCCACCAUGAUUGCCGGCGCUCUAACCCUAGCCCUCAGCAAUGUCAACCGCGAAUCAAUAGCCUACGCCGAAUCACUAAUCGGAACGACCUCAGCCACAGCAGACCCCACCUCCAGCAACGCCAUCUCCUCGACAGGCGAAGGCAACUCUACAAACUCCCUCCAAUCCCGCAUCCUAUUAGUAUCCGCUUCGCCGUCGACAGACCUAGCGCACCAGUACAUCCCCAUCAUGAACGCCAUAUUCGCGUGCCAGCGACUAUCCAUACCGAUAGAUAUACUACAGCUUCCUCUACCAAUACCUCCAUCAACGCAACAACCACAACCUUCGGUUACCGAUGGCAGCGGCGGCAGUACAUCACCAUCAUCCAACUCCACACUUUUCCUACAGCAAGCCGCCGACGCGACACACGGCAUCUUUAUCCCGGCUGACCUCCCAGACAGCAAAUCAGGAGCAUCGGCAUCUCAGGCUUUUCUCACAUAUCUCCUCCUCUCAUUCCUGCCCAGCCCGAACACCCGCAGCAGGCAUUUGAUUCUCCCAACACGAAUCGACGUCGACUUUCGCGCCGCUUGCUUCUGCCACCGAAACAUCGUUAGCAUCGGUUUCGUGUGCAGUAUAUGUCUUAGCAUCUUCUGCUCCGUGCCCGAAAACGGAGACUGUUUGACCUGUGGCACCCAUCUGACCGUCGGGAAAUAUGGAUCGCGGCCCGUCGUCGUACCUAAGAAGUCGAAAAAGAAGCAGGGUGCUACCGCCGUGAGAUGACAGAAUGGAAAUGGGAAGAUUACUUAAUUCAAUGCAUUGCAAUACUAUCCGAGUCGUGCUCAGUGAGACCGUUAGGUUUAUCUCGCUCGUGUCACAGUCAGCUAAUGAUAUGCC